GUCCUUCUAGAUCCUAACUCUACUUUUUGUCUUUCCUUAACCACCAGAACUUCCGAACACGUGGAUGAACCUACAGUGAUCUCUUUGUUUUGCCUUCUCCCAGCUCAGGCAUUCUUCGAGUCUUGGUAACUGGAAUGUUUUGUCUGUUCAGGCUCCAGACGUUUAGUGGGACAGGAACCAAAGUUAACAUCCUCAUGACACAUGCAGACAAACCUGGGAAAACUGUGAGCUGUUGACUGCACUGCCUCUGUGAAUCAGCUGGCACUUCUUUUUGUCUCUAGUUAAAAAAAAAAUCCCCAGGGGCGACCUGAAAUCCACAAUCUUCUCAGAAUAGAAUGGAGGAAAUUCUUAAAUUCUCAUUAAACACAUUUAUUUCUCAAGCUUUGGAUGGAGCCAAAAUGCCAAAAGCAAGAAUUCCACAGCACUGCAGACACUGUUUUGACAUCCUGGUAAAUGUCUAACAAAUCCAGCAUGAGUCCUCAACGCCUGAUCAGUUGCUGGGCAGAGUUCCAGAACAGUGAGACAUCUUGGGAUUCAUCUGAUUUAGGAAAGACCUUUAACUAUCAGGUGGUAGUCACCACAGUGUUCUUUCAACAGUCAAGUUUUGAGGGCUUUUUGCUGGGUUCUGUUCUGACGGCUGCCUCCCACCAGCGUGAAACAAAAGGAUGACCUCAUUCUGUGAGCAGGACAACUGUGAAAGAAGGAGCUGUGUAUGUGAAAGUCUGUGGAAAGACAGAGCCACCUAGAAUGUCCCCCCCAAACCAGUCAGUAGAAGGUCUCCUGCAGGGGGCUCCCAACAGAUCUCUGAAUGCCACAGAAACUCCAGGGGCUUGGGACCCAGGGACCCUCCAAGCCCUCAAGAUUGCUCUUGCCGUGGUCCUUUCCAUCAUCACCCUGGCCACAGUCCUUUCCAAUGCCUUUGUGCUUACCACCAUCUUCCUGACCAAGAAGCUCCAUACCCCAGCCAACUGUCUCAUUGGCUCCCUGGCCACGACCGACCUCUUGGUUUCCAUCUUGGUCAUGCCCAUCAGCAUCGCCUAUACCACCACCCACACCUGGAGCUUCGGCCAACUCCUGUGUGACAUCUGGCUGUCUUCUGACAUCACAUGCUGCACGGCCUCCAUCCUGCAUCUCUGCGUCAUUGCUCUGGACAGGUACUGGGCCAUCACGGAUGCCUUGGAGUACAGUAAACGCCGGACUGCGGGCCACGCAGCCGCCAUGAUCGCCAUGGUCUGGGCCAUCUCGGUCUGCAUCUCCAUCCCACCCCUCUUUUGGCGGCAGGCCAAAACUCACGAAGAGAUGUCAGACUGCCUGGUGAACACGUCUCAGAUCUCCUACACUAUCUACUCCACCUGCGGGGCCUUCUACAUCCCGUCCGUGCUGCUCAUCAUCCUCUAUGGCCGUAUCUACAUGGCCGCCCGAAACCGCAUCCUGAACCCGCCGUCCCUCUACGGGAAGCGCUUCACCACUGCGCAUCUCAUCACAGGCUCUGCAGGGUCCUCACUGUGCUCACUCAACCCCAGCCUUCACGAGGGGCAUUCUCAUUCAGCCGGCUCCCCUCUCUUUUUUAACCACGUGAAAAUCAAGCUUGCCGAUAGUGUCCUGGAACGCAAGAGGAUUUCUGCUGCCCGAGAGAGGAAAGCCACAAAAACCCUGGGGAUCAUUCUGGGGGCCUUUAUCGUCUGCUGGCUGCCCUUCUUUGUAGCAUCUCUGGUCCUUCCCAUCUGCAGAGACUCCUGCUGGAUCCACCCAGCACUUUUUGACUUUUUCACCUGGCUAGGCUAUCUGAACUCCCUCAUCAAUCCAAUAAUCUAUACUGUGUUUAACGAAGAGUUUCAGCAAGCGUUUCAGAAAGUUGUCCGUUUCAGGAAGACCUGUUAGUCUUAUUCGGUGGGGACUCUUGUUAUCCUUUAUGUCCUGUAAGCCAACUGGAAAUUGUCUCUUUUAUUUUUCCUGAGAGCUGGGUUAGUUCCAGUAUCUUGGGGUUUGGUCCAGUUGAUGGAAUUGUUCAGCGUUCUUUUUUGCUGUCGUCUUCUAGACUUCUGAGCCACCAAAAGCUGGGUAGCUGUGUGAAAGGGGACAAGACUUCACUUAGUGUCAUAUUUUCAUGGUUCAUCCAUGUUGGAAAGAAUGUGACCUAAAGGUUUCCCCAUUGAUGCAAUUCGAACAGAAAACCAGCUAACUCUGUAGAAAGACCCCAAGCUCAAAAUGGGAGGCUUUCUGGUCUACCAAAGUUUUUUUAUGGUGCUCUAAAGAGAGUCAGUGAAAUGAAUGACCUGAGUUGAAACAGAAUUGGAGUGGGAUGAAGGGUUUCCAUUCUAUGUGGCGCCUUAGUUGGAAAAUAACACCCAAGUAUUUCUUGCACUGAAUCCUUCUUAGAUUGAAUCUCCCUUCGUUGUUCAUGAGGAAAGAGUCAGCAUCUGAGGUGCCAAUGAUAUAGAGUGACGAUACAGAGUGACAGAGAUUUGGAAGCCAGGGGCAGGGGAGUGGAUGGCUGGGACCAGAUCAGCUACCCAUCCUCCUUCUGCACCACCUGAAUGUCCUGAAGUUAAAACCCACAAUUACCCCCACUGAAGCAGAUUGACAGAAUUUGCACCUACCAGGCUUUCAAUGGAACACCAUUCUGAACUUUUUUCCUGAAUUAUUU